UCUCUUACUACUUUGCGACAGCAAACAUCACCACCGCGUUCCACUGCCCAGCAUAACACAGUACUUAACCAGAUACCCAGCGAACUUUGCAGUAUAGUUUCUCAGUCAAGUCGUAUCUACUCAUUGACCAUGCCAGUUUACAAGUUGUACUACUUCCCAAUUAAAGGCAGAGGCGAAGUCAUUCGUCUCAUAUUCGCUUGUGCUGGUGUUGAAUUCGAAGAUAUUAGAAUUCCGUUCGAAGAUUGGCCAUCGCGCAAACAUGAAAUGCCGUUCGGGCAGAUUCCCAUUCUCGAAGUCGACGGUAAGAAGAUGUCGCAGAGUUCUGCCAUUUGUCGGUAUUUGGCUCGUGAAUUUAAUCUGUACGGUAAAGACAAUUUUGCUGGUUACAAGUCAGACGAAUUUGGUGACGCAAUGUAUGACGUCAUGUUAAAAUUGCCGUGGACGGAAAAGGACGAAAAGAAGAAGGAAGAAUUGACAAAGAUUGCUGUCAACGAGACCAUACCACCGAUGCUACUGCCCUUCGAAGAAUAUUUGCAGGGCGAUUACUGGGCGGGCGAGUUAACCAUCGGGGACAUCACGUUUGCAUCAUGUGCGGAUCACCUGCUUUCAUUGAGACCUGAUAUAUUCGACGCAACGCCAAAGCUAAAAGCCCUCAAGGAAAGAGUGUUCAGUAUUCCAAACAUUGCAAAGUAUGUGGCCACACGACCAAAGACAAGCAUGUAAACAGGGUUUGGACCUACAGGUUGAAGCACCAAUUAAGUCCUACCGCGAUCAGGAGACCAAAUACAGUAUCAUACCUAUGUAUCUCGACUAAUUCUAUAUACCGUAAAGUUACUCACCAUAAUAAACCAGUACAUUUCAUAUUA